AUGGAGAACAAAAAUACUACCACCCUUGCUGAACAGAAACUGGUAGACUCUCCUAAAUGUAAAGAGGAUUCACUUCUCCCCAUCGCUGAGAAGGGACUUUUCUUCCAUGAUUCCUUCUUCGAGGAUAUUCGGAAGGGCUUUGAGACAGCCAUCGACCAAAUCUUGGAUACGUGGGGAGAAUCUAAAUCCGUGAGUGAUCUGAUGAGUAGCUACAGACGUGUAAGCGAGCGCAAUCUUGCAGCAAGGAAACCAAGUUCAUGGCCUUCAAGCGAAGACGACCAGAAUCACAAGGUUGUGCUAGAUGUCCAUACUUCAAGAUUGGAGACGUUAGGUAGAGUGGAAGAUAAUGAAGUGGUGUGGAGGUCGAGUGAAAAGGAAGAGGGCGACUUCAAGUCCAUGAAAAGCUUCUGUCGACGCUUCAACUUCCCAGGCAAAGUAGAUAUGGAGGCCGGGUCGACAACCUCUGGCACGCGUGGCAGACUUGGCACACAGAGUGCUUUCCACGUGAUUUGA